UAUUUUUUAAUUUAUUAAUAAAACAUGGCGCGUCUAACCUACGUCUAUAGAAUGGAGGACAUGAGUUAUGUGAACGUCGGCCGGAGACAAUUGCCCGUCAGUGCUGGUGAUGAUAAUUUAAUGAUGUUAAUGGAUUUAAAUAGCAAAGGCUUGUGCAUCGAUAGUCCACACAUUCGUGGCAAAGAACUCGAAGAGUUUACCCGCAAAUUUAAUUUACUAACCACGGAUGAAUUACAUACAUCAUUGGAGAUUAGCAGCAAAACCUUCGUAUCCGUUCUAAAUCAAUGCGUACAGUGUGUCGGUUGUCGACGCCUUGUCGAACGCCUCUUCUAUCAACUAUCAAUGUCCGGCCAUCCCACGCUGGAUCCCCUGGUACUGAAAAAUUCCUGUGUCCUUAGUAUAGCCGAAGAGAAAAUGAAAACACCACAGGCGCUGGGUACACUCCUCUAUCGUCAUCAUGAAAUUCUAAAUAACCUGCUGGAAAGUAAAUUAAGGAAUAAAACCCGAUGUGUGCUGCACUCGUUGGAUGCAUUCCGUUCGAAACCAUUUUCGGAAACGUGGCGUGAAGUCUGGUCCUCGAUGAAACACAAUUGUCGUGAUGAGUUGGCCGUGAUUGAGACAAAAGAACUGCAUGAAGUGUUGGAGAAUUAUCUCAAGAAACAUAAAUUCUGUAAUGGCUGUCGUACGAAGAUCGAAAAGGCCUAUAAAAUCUUAGUGGGUGAGACGACAACGAAAGAGAAAGGCUAUGUCGCCGCACUUUAUGCGAAUAUCAAAAAGUGUCACCCCGACAAGCAUAUACAUGUUUUCACGAAUAAAAUCGACUUUCUCGACGCUCUUAUAAGGCGCGCCGAACCCGAAGUCAACGGAAGCUACUCUAAAUUGAGAGAGCGUCAUGCGAAAACAUUAGAAAUUGCCCAGGAAGAGGUGCUCACCUGUGUCGGUAUGAUUAUGUACGAACGCUUGCGACGUGUCUACGUCAGUUUACGCGAAGAGGAACGUGCCUGUCAAGUUUUAGCGGCGGUUGGUGUUCACGCCCUGUGUCAAAGUUUCGAUAUGUCCGUGGAAAAGAAACAGGGUAUUAGCAAUUUAGAAUUGCUCUACCAGGAGAUAAGUCGGGCCGAAAAGGCCAAGGAACAUAAGCGGGAGCAGAAGAAAUUGAAAAAGAAGAAGAAGAAGAAUGAAAAGAAAAAUUCCCGUGUCUGCGAACGUAAAGAAGUCAAUGGUGGCGAAGAAGAGGAAGACGGAGAGGAGCAUCAUCAUCAUGGCAGUGAGGAUGAAGACUUGCAUGAACAUCGCGGCUCCAAGACGGGAGGUUCUUUAACAUCGGCCAACGAAGAUGAAGCCUUGGGCAUCGAUGAAGGUGACGACGAUGAGGAGGAAGAUGACGAUGCGGAGACGGGGAAGAAACGAAACCAUGUGUUAGCUGCUGGUCAGAAAUCGAAAGAGUUGGAAGAGGAUGCAGGUGUGGAGUGUGAUAAUCUGGAAGAAAAUCACGACGACGACGAUGCGGAUGAUGUUAGUGGACAUCAUCAUAAAGCGCAUUCAGCAACAACAACAAUCCAAAACUCAGUUCAGCCAAAUACUCAGUCGCAGCAGCAGCAUAGCGGCGCUAAUAGUAACAAGAAAAAGGAGAAAUCUCAAAAAUCCGAUUUAUUGGGUAUUUCUUCGAAUGGUGGUGGUGAUGGUGGUAAUCAACAGCAGCCGGUGUUUGCUGUUAAAAACAACAACACCUCCUCUGAUCGUAUUACCAACACAUCGUCUACUAAUGCCACACUAACAACAACUACAGUUAAGUGCAACGAUUGCCAUGCACCAACAUCGGAAUGUCCUUGCGAAAGUGAUAUUAAAGAUUCUGGCUAUGGCAGUGAACCCUUGUCGCAUGGCAAUUCACGUACCUCAAGUGUUGUCUCAUCGCCCGAAGAUACAUCGGAAGGUUCUGAGGUAUCAUGUUCGGAUGGUUUUUGUAAUCAUGAACAUGAACGUAGCAACAAAAAUGUGGUAGAUGACCCACACAAAUGUCAUUUGUCGUCGAUUGCUGCUGAUAGCCACGAUAUACAUUACAAAAAUCGUGAUCACUGUCACGACGAUGAUAAUUAUCAUCAUAAAUCGUUUGAUUAUAGCUUUGGUUCGGAUUCCUGUAAAUUCUUUCCAGAGGAUCAUUUCAAUACGUUGAGUCUGCAACAAAUGUUGGACGACUUCGAUGGCGACGAUGAAGCUGAAGAGAACUGUUACAUUCCCCAUGAAGUGGUCUUAGAGUAUCAGUGCCAACGUGAAAAGGUUCAACAACAGCGUUUGCAAUUGCGCGAGACAUUGCGUGAAAAUUUUGCACGUUUGUGCAUGCAACAGGGACGUUCGAUGACCGCCUCCCCAUUUUCUAUGUCUAAUAAUAAGUUGUAAAACAAACAAACAAAAUAAUGUCAA